AUGUCGAGCUCUUUACUGAGCUUUCAAAGCUGCAAAGAUUCGUGGCAAAGCUACACUGCGGAUGAAAGGACAAAUGUGAUCCUCUAUGUUUUGGGCAUGAUGCUCUACAAGAUCGGCUUCGAAUCGUUCGUUGGCUCCAUAACGAACUUAGCACUAGAGCUGUGGGGUGGCGAUGAGCGCUACGGGAAACUUGGGUGUCUUCACGGAAUGAACCUUUUAUUCCAGUGUAUAGGUAGCAUUGUAUCAGCGCAAGUGCUGCGCAGACUUGCUGGUCGACAAGUGCUGGUACUUGCGGUUCUAACCUUCGCCACCAUUCCGUCGUUUCUCAUGAUACUCGACAAGUGCGCCGGUGGAGACCCCAAGAAAUCGGGAGCUGCGGAGGAGAUCCAUGGUCGGUGGGAUACGCAUAUGCUUUUCCCUCUAUACUGCAUCUGUGGAGUGUGUUAUGGAAUGAUUGAGUUGGUGAAGCGAGUGAUCCCGAGAGAUAUCGUAGGUGGGGAUGUGGAUAAGCUUCGGCAGAUUGAUUCCCUGGUGCAUAUUUUUUACGAAGCAUCGGGGACAGGCGCGGCAUUUUUCUCUUCCUAUCUUCUCAUGCGGCUGGGCAGUAACUACGGCAUGAUCUUGACACCAAUAUGCUUCCUCAUCGCAGCAGCGCUCUGGUGGAAGAUUGGUACUCUUGGAUUUAUCCGCGAUCCAGACCUACAAGGAGUCUCGUUCCUCCAAAGCAUCAAAAAUGGCAAUUACACUCUAACCGCCACAGCUUUUCUUGACUUUGGCCGCUCCAUCGUUCUCGGCGCACGCAUAAUCUUCUCCCGACGCCAGUUCGCCUGGCUACCGCUCGGUUACUCCUUGGCCCUUUAUUCGCACCGCUACCUGGAGAACGGCCUCAUCCCAGUGCUGGCACAGGGCUACUUUCACCAGCCGUCGUAUACGCAGAUAUUGGUUGGCGGUUCCAACCUGGGCGAGACUUUGGGAGCACUGCUGGUUUUUCUGACGGGAAAUUUAUUGCCUACACCGAUGCCGUGGUUGAGGGCAGAUGCGUUGAUGAUGGGGCUGGUGUGGAUACUCCCGUUCUACAAACCACAUCUAAACUGCGCUUGCAUCUUCAUCCCCCUCUCCCUCGGCUGGGCGGCCGGCGACGUCUCGCUGGUAGCCUACAUUCAAGCUUCCGUUCCAGAGGACGAACCCCAUGCGCGCAUAUCCUCACUAGCUGCGGCUAUGUCCUUCCUCUACUCCAUCUAUAUCGUUAUCUUCGCCGUGAUGACCCCGGCACUCGGAAAAUACGCAGACGACAGCAGUGACGACAGCGCUCACGAUACUAUUCUGCAUCUAGGCGGAGUGCAGUACUCAGUAAUUGCUCUAGUGUUAUUGGCUAGUACAGUUGUUCCUCGAGGAUCGUGGAGCCUUAACCCUAAGUUGCCGAAGGAGAAGAGGCGUGUGGAGAAGGACAAGGAGAUCGGAGAGGAAGAGGAUAAUUUUGAGAUGCAAGUGAUGACCAAGAAGGAGGAGGUUGUGGCGAGUAGCGUUUUGUGCGAGGAUGGAGUCCAGCAGACAGGCGCCGCAGCGCCGGAUACAUUAUUACUAUAG